CCAUAAAAAAGGCAACUGAAUGAACAAGAGUAUCGAACUCAGCUCCACAAAAUCCAUGUAUUUGCUAUCCAUGGCCACGCUCUGUUUUCCAUCCCUCAAUCUUCUAUCCCCUUCCUUUUCUUCUUCUUCUUCUUCUUCUUCUUCUUCGACUAACCAUUUCCUUCCUCAGGUAACCCUAACAAAGCACGAAAUUCCUAAACUGUCCCGUACCAUCAAUUCUAAACGUAGGAAGCUUUUGUACCAACCCGCAAGGCUCUUCCUCCACCCUGUUUUGUUGUUCACCGACUUCGAUAGGCCUUUAGACACCCAAACUUUCCUUUCCACCAUCAGUGUUUUGGCUGCCAUUGCUCUCUCCCUCUUUCUUGGCCUCAAGGGUGAUCCUGUCCCAUGUGAUCGCUGUGCUGGAAAUGGAGGUACAAAAUGUGUCUUUUGUACAGAUGGUAAGAUGAAGCAAGAAACAGGCUUGAUCGAUUGUAGGGUGUGUAAAGGUGCAGGAUUGAUACUUUGCAAGAAAUGUGGAGGUUCUGGAUAUUCAAGACGUAUAUGAGCUUCUGGUUCUGAUUUCAGUGUUCAGCAUAUAUUUUUGCAUCUGUAAGGGCUAAUUUACCAAUUACCACUGCCUUAUAAUUCAUUCAUCCAAUCACUUUUUUCUGUUCUCUUUUUG